CAGCCGGAGCCGCGGGGGCGCCAGUGCCGCGAGUCGAGCGGGAGCAGAGGAGGCGAGGGAGGAGGGCCAGAGAGGCAGUUGAAAGAUGGCGGACGAAGCGGCGCUCGCCCUUCAGCCCGGCGGCUCCCCCUCGGCGGUGGCGGCCGAGAGGGAGUCCCCGUCGCCGCCCGCCGGGGAGCCGCUCUGCAAGAGGCCGCGGAGAGACGGCUCUGGCUUCGGUUUAGAUGCAGAUUACUUAAGCAGUCUUGAGUUACUUUUGGUUUCUUUUGCAGAUAACCUUCUGUUUGGUGAUGAAAUCAUCACCAAUGGCUUUCAUUCCUGUGAAAGUGAUGAGGAUGAUAGAGCCUCACAUGCAAGUUCCAGUGACUGGACUCCAAGACCACGGAUAGGUCCAUAUACUUUUGUUCAGCAACAUCUCAUGAUUGGCACAGAUCCUCGAACAAUUCUUAAAGAUUUACUACCAGAAACAAUUCCUCCACCUGAAUUAGAUGAUAUGACACUGUGGCAGAUUGUUAUUAAUAUCCUUUCAGAACCACCAAAAAAAAAAAGAAAAGACAUUAAUACAAUUGAAGAUGCUGUGAAAUUACUGCAAGAAUGCAAAAAAAUAAUAGUUCUAACUGGAGCUGGGGUUUCUGUUUCUUGUGGAAUACCUGACUUCAGGUCAAGAGAUGGUAUUUAUGCUCGCCUUGCAGUAGACUUUCCAGACCUUCCAGAUCCUCAAGCAAUGUUUGAUAUUGAAUAUUUCAGAAAGGAUCCAAGACCAUUCUUCAAGUUUGCAAAGGAAAUAUAUCCUGGACAGUUCCAGCCAUCUCUCUGUCACAAAUUCAUAGCCUUGUCAGAUAUGGAAGGAAAACUUCUUCGCAACUAUACUCAGAACAUUGAUACACUGGAACAGGUUGCAGGAAUCCAAAGGAUAAUUCAAUGUCAUGGUUCCUUUGCAACAGCAUCUUGCCUAAUUUGUAAAUAUAAAGUUGACUGUGAAGCUGUACGGGGAGAUAUUUUUAAUCAGGUGGUUCCUCGAUGUCCUAGGUGCCCAGAUGAUGAGCCACUUGCUAUCAUGAAACCAGAGAUUGUCUUUUUUGGUGAAAAUUUACCAGAACAGUUUCACAGAGCCAUGAAGUAUGACAAAGAUGAAGUUGAUCUUCUCAUUGUUAUUGGGUCUUCCCUGAAAGUAAGACCAGUAGCACUAAUUCCAAGUUCCAUACCCCAUGAAGUGCCUCAGAUACUAAUUAAUAGGGAACCUUUGCCUCACCUGCAUUUUGAUGUAGAGCUUCUUGGAGACUGUGAUGUCAUUAUUAAUGAAUUGUGUCAUAGGUUAGGUGGUGAAUAUGCCAAACUUUGCUGCAACCCUGUAAAGCUUUCAGAAAUUACUGAAAAACCUCCACGACCACAAAAAGAGUUGGCUCAUUUGUCAGAGUUGCCACCCACACCUCUCAAUAUUUCAGAAGACUCUAGUUCACCAGAAAGAACUCCACCACCAGAUUCUUCAGUGAUUGUCACUCUUUUAAACCAAGCAACAAAUAAUGUUGAUGACCCAGGUGUGUCUGAAUCGAAAGACGGUGUAGAAGAAAAAUUACAGGAAGUACAGACUUCUAGGAGCAUUGAAAGUGUUAAUGAACAGAUGGAGAAUCCGGAUUUGAAGAAUGUUGUCUCCAGUACUGGGGAGAAAAAUGAGAGAACUUCAGUUGCUGAAACAGUGAGAAAAUGCUGGCCAGCUAGACUUGUAAAGGAGCAGAUUAGUAAACGGCUUGAUGGUAAUCAAUAUCUGUUUUUACCACCAAACCGUUACAUUUUCCAUGGCGCUGAGGUAUAUUCAGACUCUGAAGAUGACGUCUUAUCCUCUAGUUCUUGUGGCAGUAACAGUGAUAGUGGAACAUGCCAGAGUCCAAGUUUAGAAGAACCCAUGGAGGAUGAAAGUGAGAUUGAAGAAUUUUACAAUGGUUUGGAAGAUAAUGCUGAUGGUAAUGAGAGAGCUGGAGAAACUGGAUUUGGAGCUGAUGGAGGUGAUGAAGAGGCAGUUAAUGAAGCUAUAUCCAAUGAAGCUACUAUAUCCAUGAAACAGGAAGCAGCAGGCAUUAACUAUCCAUCAAACAAAUCAUAAUGUAAUAAUUGUCCAGGUACAGGAAUUGUUCCACCAGCAUUAGGAACUUUAGCAUGUUAAAAUGAAUGUUUACUUGUGAACUCUAGAGCAAUGAAACCAGAAAGGUGUAAUAUUUAUAGACUGGUAAAACAGACUUUUUUUUUUCCCUGUGGGGUAAUUUUUAACUUCCUUAUUUCUGUGCUUAUACAAACACUAACUCUUUUUAUUUUUUAAUUUAAGAAAGGUACUAAGUAUCUUUAAAUAGCUGUUGGAUAAGAUUUUCUUUUAAAGGUUCAUUUGUAUGAUACAUCUGUAUGUAUAAUUUUGUUUUUGCCUAGUGAGUUUCAACAUUUUGAAGUUUUCAAAAAGCCAUUGGAAUGUUAAAUUAAUGUAAAGGGAACAGCUUAUCUAGACCAAAGAAUGGUAUUUUCACAUUUUUCUUUCUAACAUUGAAUGGUUUGAAAUCCUCAAAUCUCUGUUCUGCUAAACUUUUGAUUCUUUAUUAGCACAAUUAUCUAUUUUUAAACACUGGCAUUUUCCAAAACUUGUGGCAGCUAACUUUUUAAAAAUCUCAUGACAUGCAAUGUGAUUAGAAGGAAGUCAACAAUAUGUGGGAGAGCACUCGGUUGUCUUUGCUUUUUAAAGUGAGACUUGGUGCUAACAGUUUUAGGAAUAUUGUUCAAAUGAAGAUGGCUUUUGUACUUCCUGUGGACAUGUAGUAAUGUCUAUAUUGGCUCAUAAAACUAACCUAAAAAACAAAUAAAUGCUUUGGAAAUAUUUCAAUUGCUUUAGAGACAAUAGUGCCUGCCUGGGUCCCCUUAGUUUUGAGAAUAUUUGCCAUUGUUGUUUAAAUACCUGUCACUGUGGUAGAACUUUCAUUGAUUCUUUUCCACAAGUAUUAAACUGCCAAGAUGUGAAUUUGCAAAGCCUUUAUGAAUCAAUAAUAAUGAUACUUCAACUAAGGGGAGUGUAGUAUUUUGGACCGUUGCACCCCUCCCCCAUUAAUGAGAGCAACAGGUCCCUGAUUACAGUUCCAAAGUAGUAAGAUGUUAAUUAUAACUCAGCCAGUAAAGUAAGUACAUGUCUCCUGUUGGGAGGAUUUGGUAUAAUAAACACCAAACUACUAGCCUAGUAUUACGGAGAUGAACGUGAUGUAACUUACAAUAGCAGGAUAGUUAAUGAAACUAGUUCCUAUGACGUGUCUUUAUUUAAAAGCUUAGCCUGCCUUAAAACUAGAGACAGCUCUCUCAGUGCAGAAGCUUCUAGCCUUUCAAAAAAGUUCCUACUUUAUAUAAAAUUGCACAUUGAGCAUUUAUUUCCCAGACCUUUCCCCAACAGUACUUCCAGAUAAAGUAUUCCUAUGUUGCUUUAGUAUUUAUUACAACUUAAAAAAAGUUUGAAAUAUAGCUGUUCUUUUAAGUGUAUAAAAUACCCAGCUAGGACCAUUACUGCCAGAGAAAAGUUCUGAAUGGCCAUUUCCCUACCUAAAAGAUGUCUCAGUCUGAAUUUAUUUGGCUACACUAAAGAAUGCAGUAUAUUUAGUUUUCCAUUUGCAUGAUGUGUGUUUGUGCUAUAGAUGAUAUUUUAAAUUGAAAAUUUUGUUUUAAAUUAUUUUUACAGUGAAGACUGUUCUCAGCUCUUUUUAUAUUGUACAUAGUCUUUUAUGUAAUCUACUGGCAUAUGUUUUGUAGACUGUUCAAUGACUGGAUAUCUUCCUCCAACUUUUGAAAUACAAAACCAGUGUUUUAUACUUGUACACUGUUUUAAAGUCUAUUAAAAUUGUCAUUUGACUUUUUUCCUGUUAACUUA